AUGGCUCGUUGUCAAGGGUCAUCUUUAUGUUUCACAUUUUUUCACGUUGAAGAACCGUCACCGUUAGAAAAAGAAAAUACCCUCGGUAUCCUCUCUUUUGACGCCGUUAAAACGAUGUGUCGUCUCGUCUCCCUUUACAAAUCAUUAACGGACGUUGAAAUCCACAGACUCCGUCGCCACGUCAUCAAAUCCAAAGGCGUAGCUAACCUUAAUUCUAACGAUGAAUGUUUCCUCCUUAAUCUUGCUUGCGCUGAACGUCUCCAAGAUCUUAACUUAGCUGCCGCGGCCGUUUCACGUCUCGGCGUACGCUGUUCGAAUAAGGGUUUGAGUAAUUUCGAAACAGUUUACGCCGAGAUGAAAAACGGUGGCGUUGAUUUAAAGAAAAUUGAAUUUGGAACAAGGAAUGUUGAGAAAGUAGUUGAGAAAAUGGAGAAACUUGUUUCUGCAACGAGGAAUCUUCAUAAUGCAAUGGAAUCUUUGUCUGAAAUGGAAGCUUCUGAGAACAAGAUUCAGAAAUGGAGAACAAUGAGAGCUAAUAAUGGUCUUAAGGUAAAAGUUGAAUGUUUCAAUGAUAAGAUUGUUUAUCAUAAAAGACAAGUUCAAUAUUUCAAACAAAUUUCGCUUUGGAAUUUAUCGGUUGAUAAAGUUGUUGGGUUAUUGGCUCAGAUUAUUUGCAUUGUUUAUGCUAGAAUCAGCUUUGUUUUUGGAUCUUUGAUUUCUGGUAACAAUAACAACAAUAACAACAACAACAACAAUGGUGUUAAGGUUAAAGGUCUUUAUCGAAUGAAAAUGCAUAAUCGUUGUUGUAAAAUUGAACAUAGGGAGUUGUAUAAGAUAAACCGUUGUAUAUUUGAUAAAGAUGAAAAGAAAAAGAAGAAUAAUGUUGGUGUGAAGAUAAAUAAAAUGGGUGUGAUUCAGUCUCAUGGUCAUUCUCUGGCGCCGGCGGUGGGUUCUUGCAGCGGUGGAGGAAAGAUUGUGGCUAAGAAUAAUAGUGUUUUCAGGUUGGCACCACCAACAACGGUUGGUGGAGUAGGGCUUUCACAAAGAUAUGCAAAUGUGAUUCUUUUCACCGAGAGGAUUGUGCAUGCUUCUACGGCGAUAGGAGAUGACGCGCGGAAGUUGUUGUACGAGAUGUUACCAGAGAGAUUGAAGGUGAAGUUGGGAGGGAAAUUGAGGAAAAUGUGGUUGAAAUUGGAGGAGAACUCAGAGGAUGAGGAGGAGAAUCAAGAGAAAUGGACUAUGUCUGAACGCCGUGGCGCGGCUGAGGAGGUGAUGGAUUGGUUGGCACCAUUGGCAAAUGAUACAUUGAAGUGGCAAGCUGAGAGGAAUUUGGAGAAGCAAAAGUUUGAGACUAAACCAACUGUGUUAUUGUUGCAAACUUUGCAUUAUUCCAAUUUGGAGAAAGUGGAGGAUGCUCUUGUGGAUGUAUUGGUUGGGUUGAGUUGUAUAUAUUGGAACCAAAAACAAUGGUGA